AUGGACACUUCUUACCUUCGCCUUCGACCCAAGGAUGACUUGAACGCACUGUGGGUUGUUGAAGAUGCGGCAAACUAUAUCCCAGAAGAAAUUGGAGAGACUGGUGUUGAUUCUGAUCCGGAGAACGAUCCUACAGUCAAGGAAUUGUGCAUACCCACCCGGAACCUGAACCUUGAAGAAGGAGGAUUUCUUCUCGCGCACGGCAACACCGCCGUCUGGCGUUUUAUGCAAGUUCCUCUCCCAGCUCAGGGACCGUCUCGUUUCCCAGCCAUCGCCGAGAACCCUGACGCGACUUACGUACUGCUGGUAGACGGUGUGGAUGACAGCCACUACAACCCCAACUUCGACUGGUCAAGACACCUCCCUUCCAACGUCCCCCUCGACAGGAGGUCCCAUGACAAGUACACUCCCAGAGCCCUCGACCUCCUCUUCAAAUUCUUCACAUCCUGGUGUUUCCGAAUCGUCCCAGCCCUCUUCCUUCGAGACAUGUACAGAGCACUCAUCGUUCCUCGCUCCCACACCCCACCCAAGACACCACAUUACUCCCCCAUGCUGCAUAAUGCUCUUGUGGCAUUGGGGACGGCGUUCCUCGAUGACCCAAACAUCCGGGACUUCAAGUCCCGUCGGUGUUUUGCGGAUGCUGCGAAGCGCUAUAUCGAGGUGGAGUGUCAAAAACCUCAGUUGAGCGUGGUGCACGCGUUGGACAUCUUGGCUAGCUUUCAUUCUUCGCAGGGAGACCAGACAGUUGGGUUUCUCUAUUUUGGUCAGUCGCUUUCACACUCUUUGGAGACACCCAUUUUUGACAGAGGUUGUGUUAUAGUUGGUCUUGGUGUCGAUUGCUCGGACUGGGUUAAACUCGGCCUCAUCGACGAGACUGAGAGGCUUGACCGAAAUUGGGCGCACUGGACCACAUUCUCGCAGGAUGUGUGUUGGUCCCUGUACGUGGGACGUGACUUCUGCGUCAUGUCCCCAUUGAUUUCACCUGUCCCUGUCCCGUUUGUGGACACGGAUUUAGAUCAGAUGCCAUGGUGUCAUCCACCAGCUGGCAUCGCCCCACAAGCUAAUUAUCUUUCAAAAACUUUCGCGGCGACAUGCGAGUUGUUGAUGAUCGCACGUCGCAUUAUGGACGUUGUCAAUAAUCUGAAUCGGGCUCGUUCCCGCCCGUUGGUUCUUGAUGAACUUAUCACUGACAUCGACAUCAAACUCAACACCUGGAAAAGCUCGCUUUCCCCAGAAGUUGACAUCAGUAUCGCUUCCCGCCCAACGGCCACACCUCACCGUUUGAUGCUCCAUUUAACUUACUGGUGGCUUUUCAUCCUUCUCCAUCGUCCCUUUUUCCACCGUAGAGCUAAGCUCAUUCACUCCACUGACAAGGAGAUUGACCACGUCAAGCUCUGCAAACGCGCCGCGGAAAACAUCAUGGAGCUACUCGCGACUUGGCGUUCCCUCUACACAUUGCGAUAUGCACCAAUCACUCUCAUACAGACCGUCUUUUCAGCUGGAACGGUAUACCUCUUAUGGGGUGUCCAAGCAACCUCCGGACCCCGAGUAGCGCACAAAGAGCUAAAGACCGCUCUGGAUCAGCAAAAGCUCUGCCACCAGUACCUCGUCGAGAUUGGGAAAUCAUGGCAGUGUGCUACGAACAUUGCGGGGAUCCUGAAGAACCUUAUGCAAAAACAGCUAGAGCCCGUGCUGGAGCGUAGGCAGUUGGUUCCUAGAUUGGCGGAAGAUGAGGGGAUCAUACCACCGGCUAUUAGGAGGUCGUCUUCUGCUAGUUCUCGUAAACGCACGACUGUGCCUCAACCACGGAAGGGUAAACAAAGGAAAUCGUCAAAAGGAAGGGGACAAGCGCUGGACACUGUUCUCCCGCCUCUAGAUGCUACAUCCAACAUCUCCAUUCGUCCACGUAACUCGUUCUCCGCUCCCCAGAUUCAAACUUCUACUUCCUCAUCUUCCACCUCAUCAUUCUCCUCUCCUCCGAUCCAAAUAUCAGCGCCUACAUCUUCGACCUCUUCGUUCUUCCCUCCCCCCAUCCAAGCUUCGACCUCUGCAUCCUCCGCCACUUCAUUCGGACAUCUGGAUGCAUGGGGCUACCGAAAUUCAGUGGGGGGUUCCGUAAGCUCAAGUCCAAAUACCACUUUCUCCCCACCCUCCCCGUCGGUCUUUGGCAAUUUCAGCCCGGAGAUACCCCAACAAGGAUAUAUCAACCACAACCCAGCCCCAGCGCCGGUCGUUGUAGAAGGCCCUCCUCCUGCUCUGAAUAUGGGCAACAUGGGAGAUGGACAGGGAUACAUGCACGAACACCGAGACCCGAUCUACUCAUUCACAGAGGUACCUUGGUUCCUAGCAAAUCAAGCUGAUUCUUCGUCGUCGUCAUCGAGCUUUGAUCUGGGCGGUGCUUUGUGGCCUAGCGUUGAACCGAUGAAUAUUGGGGGAGAUCAAGAAUACCGUUAUGAGGAUGAUGCGAUGACGGAUGAGGAUCGUGCCGAGUUGAAUUAUUGGCUUCAGCAGCUGCAGUCGUAG